AUGGUCACCCACCGCGUCUUCUUAUCCCACCACCCAACGCCGCCAUCUCCCGCCGGUAGCAUCCCGACAACUUCAUCACAAAAAGAGAAAAAGAAAAAGAACAGGAAACAUAAGCUUGUUCGCCGCCUCGUCUCAGCCGUCUCGACGCCUCAUCUCCGUCAGCAAGCACGUAUCUUCGUCUCCGUCCAUCAGCGAAUCGGACGGCGGGAAAGAGGGCGUGCGACGGCGGAAGCGGGGCUGUUGGCGGAGGAGCUGCCGGGGCAGGUUGCAGAUGGGGCGGAGAUGUUGGUUAUGAGGGUUUGUGGUUCCGGCAACGAUGGUCUUGUACGAUUUCGGGUUGUGGCGGGAAGUGCGCUGAUGGCUGGCGGCGGACAGUGGAUCAGCGGCGGCGGCAGUGCCGAGGGGCUCCUCCGGAUGAGGUGUCUCUCCAGAAUUUGGUUGGCCCUCGAGGACAUCGGUCGAUUUCUCGGUGAUCGGCUCUUGGUGCUCGGUUGCUUCUGGUUGGUGUUCGGAGGAGAUGAGUACUUCAUGGUCAAUUUGUUCGGCAUUUGUAGCAACUUGGCCCUUUUGGUAGACUUCCAUCCGUUCGAUAUAAGCUUUAACGCAUUUCCGGUCGUGAUGUGGUUUGAAAUCGUAGCGAUUAGAAGCAAGUUCCGCGUGGAUUAA